AGUUUUUGUCGUCGGCGCGUUCAGUUGCUGCCAGCUGUUUAGCUCAGCGAUCUCUCUCACAGUGCUGUUCUCUCUCUCUCUUUGUUUGUUCGUUUGCUGUGUGCCGCCUGCAACAGUUGUGUGUUAUAUGUAAAUAAAUGUGUGCAAAGUUCGUUGCUGCAGUCAUUCGUUUCAAAUGCAAGAGCCCAUCAUAAAUAAAUAAAUAAAUAAAUAAACGUAUAAUGCAUUUUGAAAGCAAAUGCGAAUGUUAAUGUAAAUUUUAACAAUUCUGUACGAGCCGUCGGCAAUUGACGUUAGUAGUGUAUGCGCGUGUGUUUGUGUGUGUGUAUAUGUUAACUGAACGAAGCCAUCCCUUAAGCAUCCUGCAGGCAGGCAGAUAGACACACAAAGGCAUAACAAACAUCAACAGCGACGUCGCAUCCGUUUCCGGCUCAUUGUAUUGUGUUGUUGUUGCUGUUGCUGAUAUUCGUAUUUGAUCAUUGUACUUGUGUUGUAUUCAACGCUUUUUCUCCUUAUGAAUGAAAUGUGCUGUGUGUGCUGGUGCGUCAUGUCCAUCUGCAACUCCGUCACCAGCGGUGUCAACUGAGAGCGCACUGCUAUUGUUGUUCUUACCAACUAGACCCCGGCCGUGUGGCAGUGCACCGUAAAGAUCUUUAUCGCAUUUUAAAUAAGCGCUUACUUACGUUCUGGAGCAGAAACCGUUUCUCAGCUCGCAGGUAGACAAAAAAAAAAAAGAAAAAACACACACACAUUCGGCCAAGUUAAUGCCGCUUAUUGUCUUUGCAACAAUCUAUAAACGUCGCUCGAGCUAACUGAUAAAUCGCUCGGGUUGUCGUCGUAUAUAUUCUGCUGUUUAAUUUUCGCACGCUGAUAAUUCGAACUUGAAACAGAGCGCAAAUAAAGAGACAGUCAUCCAAACAAAUAUAAAUAGUAUUUCAACAACACGCGCCCAACCGCACAACAACAGAAUGUGGCCCAAACUAAGCUGCCUGCUGCUGGCUCUUUCACUGGUGGCGGCCAAUCAGCUAAAGGACCUACUCGAGGACACCACCCCAAGGAGCACCACAGCGAGCACAACAACAAGCACUACAACAACAACAGCAGCAACCACAAUAAGCGCCUAUGUGAUAUCAGCUGCUGCUGUGCCCGCCUACAAUGCAGCCACGACCAUGUCCAAGCCCAAGUCCAAGUUGUCCAAUGGCAAAUAUUUUAAUAAGAGCGCACCCAAGAAGCGCAAGGCCGAGGAGGUCUCCUCCCUGCCCCUGCCCAUCGAUACGGAUGGCCUGCUCGAGUGGAAGUGCCCCAACAUUUCGGGUACUCGCAAUGCGGAACUUGAAUGCGGCUGCGAUCUGCCACACACGCUACGUUGCAACAUCGAUUUGCAUGGUCUUUUGUUAUUGGCAGACAGAUUGCGUAGCUCUCCAUACUCCAUCUCGCUGCUGGACUGCUCGCUGCGGAAUGUCACCUUUCUGAGCGAUGCAAAGAUUUUUGAUGGCAUCUCGCUGCACGGCUUGGUCAUCUCCUCGGGCGAGAUCAAGCGCGUGCACAAGUCCGCUUUUCUGGGCAUCAAGGGACCGUUGCAGGCGCUGGGUUUGCCUGGCAAUGCGCUGUUGAGUGUGCCCUGGAAUGCUCUGUCCACGCUGAGCUCGCUGGAGCGUUUGGAUUUGGCGAAUAACAAGAUCAAGGCGCUGGGCACCUCUGACUUUGUGGCGUUGAAUAAUCUGGUGUAUCUGGAGCUGAGCAACAAUCAGAUCUCGAGCAUAUCGCAGCGAACCUUUGGCAGUCUGCGAAAAUUGGAGGUGCUCAAGCUGGGUGGUAACCGACUGGGUGACUACGCUCAGGGCCUGAAAGCGCUCAGUCUGUGCUUGAGCCUGCGGCAAUUGGAUCUUACAGCUAACAAUUUGAAUGGGCCGCUCAGCGAGCAGACGCUGCCAGGCUUGAGGAAUCUUGAGAGCCUGAAUCUCAAUCGGAAUAUGAUCAAGAGCAUACAGAACAAGGCGUUGGCUAAUUUCUCCCGGUUGGUGAGUCUCUCCCUGCGUCACAAUCAGAUCGAUGUGCUGCAGGAUCAUGCCUUUUAUGGCCUGGGCGCCCUCGACAGCCUCGAUCUCAGCUACAAUGGCAUUGUGGCCAUCUCCAGCGCAUCGCUGCAGCAUCUAACCCGCCUCACUGUGCUCGAUUUGACGCACAACUUCCUGCGCGCCCUCACCUCGGAUCUGAUAGCACCGCUGCCUUCGUUGCGGGAGCUGCGUCUCGCCGGAAAUGAUAUCUCCAUUGUGGCCAGGAAUGCCAUGGAUCGUGCCCAGGAGCUGCAAAGCCUGCAAAUGCAGGAUAAUCCACUGUCCUGCGACUGCAGCAUUCGACCCUUUGCCGAGUGGCUGCAGGUGUCCAAGCUGUCGUCCAGCCUGAGCGCAUCCUGUGUGACGCCACCACGUCUGGAGGGUGCCCCCCUGCUGCAGGUGCCAGUGGAGACGCUCACCUGCGACAUGGACAAUGUGGAGAAGGAUAAUGCAAAUAUUAUGGAGCACCUGGAAACGCUAGCGAAACCCAAUCAGACCGCAUCCCAUGUCAAAGACUUGUCCGAGGAGAUUAUUCUUCAUGAGCUACACUACUCGGCGGAUUAUGGCCUCAUUCUGACCUGGCUGCUUAAUCUCAGCAAAAAGGAUUACAUGUGCGAUGCCAUAUUCGUCUAUAAGGAGGAGAACAUCAACGAAAUACUCAUUGAUAACUCACCGAUCCAUUGCGAGAGCAAGGUGGUCAAUGGCCAGAACACUGUGAGUGUCAUAGUGCCCGACAGCUCCUCACUGGACAUCGGCGAAAGCUAUCGUUUCUGUUUGGUCAUGGUGCAGGAGCAGAAUCCCAAGGCUGAUCUGAAUAUAGGCUGCUCGAACAUAACGCAACUGCAGCUGAGCAGUCCUGGUGCGAUGCCCGUGCCGCGGCAAUAUCAGCGUCGUCCUUACUACACGCCGCAUGAGCUGGAGCCGGAACACGAUACUGGCGAGGAUUACCAGCUGAGCAAGCGACAAUUCAGUAGCCAACAGCAGUUGCAUCCAAACCAACAGGCGCCACCGAGGCUGCUGCACACCUAUAAUGUGAUUGAUUCACUCAAUAAGAGCUUUCUGCCUGGCUUAGGUCUGGGCAUACUGGUCACCUCGGUGGUUGUGCUGAUUUGGGGCGCCACACGAAUACGCCAGAAUGUUGUCGUCAAUAGGGGCGGUGAGGCAAGUCUCAGCAGCAACAGCAGCAGCAUGCACCACACCAACAUCAACAACAACAACAAUAACAAUAACAACGGCAGCGGCAACAGCAGGCCGGGUACUCCAACGGCAACCACUUGCUAUGCUGCCUCAGAUCACAUAGCUCGGAUGGCGGAUGCAGAGAAUGGGACGCGUUACCUCAAGCUGCAGGCAACGACGAGCCUGUGAAUUAAACACAAUCAACCAACCAAUCAAUUCAAACUUGUGAUAGUACAAGCACUUGUACCCAUAUCUUUAGCUAUAUAUAUUUGCUUAUAAGUAUGAGCAGUAGUUAGGGUUCCUGCACUAAUCCAAAUACUUGGCCCAACACUAAACAAAUUGUGCCAUAAACUAACUGACAAAAUGAACACUUAAAAUUCAAAUGGAUUUACACAAUUCCAAAGGAGCUUUCUUAGAUAUCCUUACAAGGAAAUCCACGGCAGAUUGUUUUAUAUAAAUCGAUCAUUAAAUAAUAUACUAUAGAUGACUGUUAUUAAAGGGAUUGCUUUUGUAUUUACUCUCUGCUAAUUUUAUGAACUGAACUUCUGAAUUUUAAAUCUAUAUUGAAAUAUACUUUAAAUAUCUUUAUUAAAAAAUCCGUAGGAAAUGGUUUAUUAGAAAUCUAUCAAUAAAUGAAAAUACUUAAAUGAAAAAACUAUUCAUGACAAUCAUUAAGGGGAUAACCCGCAUUUUAUUAUAAUUACUUAAUUAAUUCUACCGUCUACAAAUGUUAUGAACUGAACUUUUGAAUAUUAAAUCAAUAAUUUUGUAUCUAUUAUCUAUUAUCCGUUUCAAUAGCUAUACUACAAUCUACUAUCUAUUCAUUUGAAUAUACUCAUUUUAUCAGAAUUUAUAAAACGCCACUCAAAGAAUACAAUUUGUUAAUAAAUAGGUUUAAUUAUUUACGUCUACGUCGCAUGUUAGCCCUUUUAGCACUAAGAAAUUGUAAGUCAUGACCCUAGGAAUAAGGCUUUAAUAAUUUAUUAACCAUAUACCAAGCACAAACAACAAAUUGUAAGUAAGCAACAGCAACAAAUAAAUGUUGAAGCGAUAAUAAAACAUACACAAUGCAUUCAA